UGGUGCUGGUAGUACACAAAACAGAAAAGAAACAAAGAAAAAAGGCAGACACUUGUGAGCUGAGCAGAGCAGCGAAGAGGAGUAAGACGAAAGAAUGAAGACGCUACUGAGCCCAGCUGCUUCUUCUCUACGCAUCUGUUGUGCUUCUUCUCUGAGCCCACCCUCUCUCUCAAAUAAAUUCAUUUUUAAUUCUAAUUACGCCACCAAUUUUAAUAAAUUUAAUUAUGCCAACUUUAAUAUUUCUUCCCCAUUUUCCACCAAACCCUCGUUUCCAAUUUUUUCACCAAUUCGUCGUACAAUCUCCCCGUUUCUCUCCAUGGCUUCUUCUACUCAAUCCGCUACUCAGGAUGAAUCCACUUCUAGUAAUGAUCUUAAUGGUUUUCAGCUCAUUCAGGCUCACCAGGAAAAGGCUGCCAGGCUUCCUCCUGUUGAGGAAAUUAGGACUGUUCUCGAUAACAGUGUUCGCGCUAUGCUUUCUACUUUCUCUCAGAAGCAUGAGGGUUAUCCAUCAGGCUCAAUGGUUGACUUUGCUUGUGACGCUAAUGGAUCUCCCAUAUUGGCCGUGAGCAGCUUGGCAGUUCAUACCAAGGACCUCUUAGCCAAUCCCAAGUGCUCACUACUUGUACCUAAAGACCCUGAGGAUAGGACUGAUUUGGUAAUAACCGUGCACGGAGACGCUGUUUCUGUUCCCGAAGGAGAAAAAGAAGCUAUUCGUGCUGCUUACUUGGCAAGACACCCUGAUGCUUUCUGGGUUGACUUUGGAGACUUCCAAUUUCUGCGCAUUGAACCAAAAGUUGUACGUUUUGUAUCAGGGGUUGCUACAGCUCUACUGGGUUCCGGAGAGUUUGACCAAGAGGAAUUCAGAGAGGCAAAAGUGGAUCCAAUAUAUCAGUUCUCAAAGCCUGUGGCGUCUCACAUGAACAAAGAUCAUGGAGAAGAUACGAAGCUUAUUGUGCAACACUCAUUAUCCAUCCCGGUGGACUUUGCUGAUAUUUUGGAUUUGGACAGUCUUGGUUUCAACGUUAAGGCUGGCUAUAAAGGAUCUACCCUCAAGCUUCGAAUACCUUUCCCUCGACGUGCAGUAGAUAGAAAGGAUGUAAAGACUCUCAUAGUUGAAAUGCUUCAAACAGCUAGAAAUCCAGUUAAUUGAUUAUGGCAGAAAGGUUAAUGGAGCUACCAGCAUGUUGCUUGCCCUUGUUUUGGCGCCGUGAACAGAUGCAAACAGUGAAACAAACUGCAAAUAAGCCUUUCAUAUGGGUUGUGGUUUUAUUAGUAAAAAGAAAAAGAGCCGGAGGAAGCAAUGUAUUUAGGCAUAAAUCCCACAUGAACUAAGCAACAGAUAAAAAAUUUGUUGAAAAUUAGAGUGAUUAUGUAAAGCUCUUUUUAUUUAUUUUAAAUUCCCAGUUCAUAUUAGUACUAAA